UUCACAUCAAAACUUUACCAAAUGGUUUCUUGCAGACAUUAUUUUGACAUUCAGUAUUAGAAGGUUUCGUCUCAAAAGUUCAAAAGUUACAUUUUUAAGUUCUUAAGUGAAUUUGAAAUUUUUAUUUGCGUGUAAUGUUGAAUAAUUCAAAGUGACUUUGAUGAUUCUAACCUGGUUAAGAAUAAAUUAAUAAACUCAUGAAAAUGAAGCAUCAGUUUGUUGAUGGAAAAUCAGCACCUGGUGCAAAGGCAGAAGCUGAUGAAUGUCUUUUUGAAUAUUUGCAUGGUGAAAUAAUCAAUUAUGUCGUUAGCAAAUCAAAGGAAUCUAAUGAGGAAGACUUAUCACAACUAGAGUGGAUGGGAUUUAGCGUGGGUUAUCGAAUUAUUGAAAGGCUGACAAGAGAAAUGCAAAGAUUUAAAGAUGAGUUAGAUAUUAUUAAAUUUAUCUGUACAGAUUUUUGGAAUAGUCUUUAUCAUAAACAAGUUGACAAUUUGAGGACCAAUCAUCAUGGUGUCUAUGUGUUACAUGACAAUGAAUUCCGAUUACUAGCUAAAAUUGGUAAAGCUGGAAGCAGACAAUACCUGUGUGAAAGUCCUCGAUUAUUAGCAUUUACAUGUGGUUUGUUGAGAGGAAGUUUAGCGAAUUUAGGAGUCGCAUGCACAGUCAAAGCAGAAGUAACUGCUUUACCAAGUUGUAAAUUUAAUGUUGAAGUGCAGAGAAUGUAAAGAAAUAAUGUACAUAAAAGUAUAUAUUUGAUAAUUUUGUAUCAAGACACUUAUGUAAUAUUUUGUUUUUGUUCAAUGUUAAAGUGUAAUGGUACUGAUUGAAUAAGUUGAGCUUUCAGAUUUUUUUUUUAUGGAAUAAAAUAAUCUUAAAAACUA